CGCCCUCUUUUGUCAACGUCUGUGAACACGGGCAUGAGUUUGCAGAGCAACGAGAUCUUUCCAAAAAUUCACAAUGUAUCAGGGCGGAGGACAACCGAUUUUGGUUCUAAACCAGAACACUAAGCGAGAAAGCGGCCGUAAAGUGCAACUUGGCAACGUAACUGCAGCAAAGACAAUCGCUGAUGUCAUUCGAACAUGUCUUGGACCAAGAGCCAUGCUAAAGAUGUUGAUGGACCCUAUGGGGGGUAUUGUGAUGACCAACGAUGGCAAUGCUAUACUCAGAGAGAUCACUGUCCAGCAUCCGGCUGCCAAGUCUAUGAUUGAAAUCAGUCGAACUCAAGACGAAGAGGUUGGAGAUGGUACGACAUCGGUGAUCAUUCUAGCUGGUGAGAUGAUGGCAGUGGCCCAGCCGUUUCUUACACAAGAGAUGCAUCCCACCAUCAUCAUUGGUGCCUACAGGAAAGCCAUGGAUGACAUGCUGGACUUCAUGAAAGACAACUUCAGCAAAAAGGUGGACGUUACCAAUCGGAAUGAGAUGAUCCAAAUUAUUGCGAGCUGUGUCGGAACGAAGUUCAUCAGUAAAUGGGGCACCCUUGCAUGUGACAUUGCUUAUGAUGCUGUAUCUAAGGUAGCUCUGGAAGAGAAUGGACGUAAAGAGAUUGAUAUCAAACGAUACGCAAAGGUGGAAAAGGUACCUGGUGGCAUGAUUGAAGAUUCCCGCGUACUCAACGGCGUCAUGUUCAACAAAGACGUGACUCACGCACGCAUGAGGAGACGCAUUGAGAACCCACGCAUCCUUCUCCUUGAUUGCUCCCUGGAGUACAAGAAGGGAGAGAGUCAGACGAGUCUUGAGAUCACCCAGCAGGAAGAUUUCACCCGUAUCCUUCAGCUUGAGGAGGAAUACGUCCAGCGUAUCUGCAAUGAUAUAAUCCAACUGAAGCCAGACCUUGUCAUUACAGAAAAGGGCGUCUCUGAUUUGGCCCAGCAUUAUUUAUCAAAGGCUAACAUUACAGCUAUACGACGACUAAGGAAGUCCGACAAUAACCGUGUAGCUAGGGCAUGUGGAGCAACUAUCGUCAAUCGUACUGACGAACUAAGAGAAGAAGAUAUUGGUACUGGAGCUGGUCUCUUCGAGAUCGAGAAGAUCGGAGAUGAAUACUUCACCUUCAUUACCAAGUGCAAGAACCCCAAGGCCUGUACCAUACUCCUUAGAGGUGCUAGUAAAGACAUCUUGAACGAAGUCGAGAGGAACCUUCAAGAUGCAAUGAACACGGCACGUAACGUCAUGAUUGAACCGUGCCUGGUACCCGGCGGUGGCGCUAUUGAAAUGGCACUUUCUCACGCACUGACCGAGAAAGCUAAGGCAAUAACUGAUGUCCAGCAGUGGCCGUACCGCGCUGUUGCUUCUGCAUUGGAGGUCAUCCCACGUACUCUUAUACAGAACUGUGGAGGGAGUACAAUCCGCACCUUGACUGCCCUCAGGGCCAAGCAUGCUGAGACUGGUAACUUUUCCUGGGGUAUUGAUGGGGAGAAGGGAACUAUCGUGAAUAUGGAGGAGCGAGGAGUCUGGGAUCCAUACGCAGUCAAGGCUCAAACAUACAAGACGGCCAUUGAGACGGCCAUGUUGUUGUUGCGCAUUGAUGACAUCGUCUCAGGAACUAAGAAGGCAUCAGGUGGAGAGGGCGCUGGUGUGGCCGCACCCACAACAGGUGCACAGGGCGUGGAGGGAAUGGAAUGAACACAAUGAGGGGCGUGGCUAGCUCUUCAAGUAUUACUUAUCUGUCUUCUUAACUGUGUCAUGUGUCAAUCUCAAAAAGAUGUCAAGAAGAAACUGCUCAGAACAAACAUAUAAUAAAGGCUCCUUAUAAUAAUAACAGUGGUUUUUUAUAAAGCGCUCAUGUUAACUGUCACUCAUUGACCCUCAGUUCAAACGUACAAAUUAGCGUUGUUCGAUGUCACAGUUUCCUUCAGAUUUAGUGUUUACAUGAAGUAAACACCAUCUGUACAAGUCAUCUAAUUUAAUAAUGUUGUACCUUUCAUCAAUGUUGAAAUGUCUUGAUAUGGGUUUGAAGUAAAUUUUUAAGACACAAAGUUUGAAAGUGUUCUUGAAGUAAGACUUUCACCUCAUUUGUUUUGUACAUGCAUCCCAGGAUCACUUUCUCAAGUUUUUUACUCUGAUUUAUAAUAUUGAGGGAAUUUAGCACAUUCUUUUGUAUAAAUUUGGUGAAAAAUAUUUCUAAAAUAUGUUUCCCAAUUGUUUUGAGAAUAAUAAGCAGUAUGAUGUUGAGAUUAUACUUGUUUCCUUAUUUACCUUUCGGAAGUAAAGUUAUAGUUGCCAAUACUUAUUCAAGAAUCAAGGCAUAUGUGUGUUGAUCAAAACAUUGUGUGUGUUUGAGUAAAGAUUCCCUUGUGUUGUGGACACUUUGUCUGGUGUCCUCGUCAAAAUAUACAAGUCUUGUUGAUUGU